AUGCAGGGUCAAGAUUGGACUUCAUGGAAAAGUUUGGAUUUGGCGCGCAAGAAUUUGCUGAAGGCACAAGCGAAAAGUAUUGCAAAUGCCACAGCUACUGCAACCGAGCUUGAGCCGCUCGAGGCUAUUGCUGAACGGCUCGAACGAUAUAUCCAAACGAAGACUGGGGAAGUGUGGUUCAAGUAUUCGUCGCAAUUCUUGACCACACUGCAGAAAUAUCGCCCUGAGACUUGGAAGGAUUUGGACCCGGAAGAUGUUAAGGAGGACUUUAUGAAGAAAUUUCAGUCCUGGGACCGGUUUAAGUUAUAA